CGGUACUUGUAACAAUUUGAUAUCUUUUACUCAAGUUAUUAACUCUGAUUUAGCGUAUAGUAUCAUUGUAGCAGUAUCUCUAUCUUCUUUUUUAUCACUUACAAUCCUCUAGACUGGCACUGAUUCAGCUAGUAUAAUCAAUCAUCGAAUUUAGAAUAAAUACAAAUCGUGUAUGUUUGCUCAGAAAACAUUUAAAUGUGAGUAAAAAAAUCGAUAGUUUCAUCAGAAAUUAUUGAUUUCAAAAACAUACAAUUUAUAGCGGUCUCCCGACUACUCUUGUAUGCAACCAAUUGCUUUAUCAAUAUUUGGUUAUACAAUUUUAAACUUAAUAAUAUUUAUAUUAUAAUAACAUUUCACUUAUUUAAAGCUUUUCAAAACUUAUACUUUUUUGCUAAAUAUUUUUAUUUAAUUUUUAAUUGUGUUUUGCUUGCAUAAAAAAUUUUAGCAGCAGUCAAGGGUUUUCUUUUUGUAAAAAGAAAUACUCUUGUAAUGCAUUCUUGGAAUCAUUUCAUACAAUUGUUAUUUAUCAAACCUACAACCUACCUUCGAGUAUAUAUUGAUAAACUUAAAACAAAUAUUCGUAAAGAAAUUGCUGCAUCGUAGUUGAAGAAAUCAUUGCAAUCAUCAUGUUGCAAGAUCUCGUGAGUGACUCAAGAGAGAGGGAUUGCAAAAGUGCAUGCACUCAGGAGAGUCAUUUGAAGAAUGUUAUUUUCGAGACAUAGAUAACGGUUAUCAAGCGACGCGACAGCGUUAUAACGUCGAGUACAUAAAAAAAGGGUAAAGUAAUUUACAAAUGGCAUAUUAUAUUUUUAUAGUUUGACGUAAUUAAUUGAAUGAAGUUUCUAAGUUUUUAGUUUAUCCUUUUAAACUUUUUCGGUUCUUUGGCACAUCGUGUACCGUUUUAUUUCGAAUAUAACGAAUGUACACUACCUAUGUUUAGCCACAAAGAUCGGUCAUGAUGUAUCAUUUUAUCCUUGUUAUUUACUGAAUGUUAAAUAAUAAAAUGAUAUACGUUAUGCGCAUCAUGUAUAAAACAGAAUGCACCCAUAGACUACGUUCGAGCGCGUUAUCUGCUGUUGUGUCACUAUAUCUUUAUCGUUCGUUGACGUAAAACAAGGGGUGCAUGUUCCGUUUUACAUAUGAAGCUCAUGCAUCAUUUAUCUUUGUUUUUAACAUUCGGUGAACAACAAUAAUAAAUAUGAUGCAACAUAUGCGUCAUGCAUGAAACGUAAUACAUCCAAGGAUAUAAGUGGGUAGUCUUAUGGGUCUGCGGGUUGUGGUUGCAAUAGCACUAUCGAGGCAAUAAUAAGGCUGCGUGCGUCGGAGCUUUAUUAAUUAUUGCCUUCCACGCCGGUAUCCAAGAUGGCCGCAACGAAGAAGCAGAAGAAUUAACGUUCGAUUCGAUUUAAAAUAAUAUCCUUCGUGCCUUCAUAUUGUUUAUUCGCGAGUGACAAAUCUUAAUAAUUUGUUGUUCUUUCUGAGCAAGUCAAAUACUUUCUGUGACACAAGAGGCAAGAAAAAACAAUUCGCUCUGCCAAGGACGAGAAUGAAAGAAGCCUCCUUCUAAAAUCGUGCAAAUCCAAUCCAAGUGACACGUGUGGAUAUCAAGUGGAUCUGUGACGUCCGUUCGCUACUCUUAAUACUCCGUAUCAACAAUCAUGCUGGUAGAACAUCGGCAGAACGUCCCGAAGGUCCUGGACGGCGGCUUCUCCGGGCAACUGUCGCGGCACGUGAGCACGAAGAUCGACAACGAUCCGCUGUGGACGGCGCGGUUCCUCCAGACUAACGCCGCCGCCGUAUACGACACGCACAUGGACUUCCUGCGCGCCGGUGCCGACAUCAUCGAGACUAACACCUACCAAGCGUCCGUGCCCGGUAUGAUGAAGUAUCUGAAUGUAAGCGAACGCGAGAGCUUGGACUUGUUCGACAAGUCCGUACGCCUGGCGAGGGGAGCCGUGGACGACCACGUCCGGGAGAAGCGCAUCCCCGUCGAGUCGAGACCCAUGGUCGCCGGAUCGUGCGGUCCUUACGGCGCUUACCUGCACGACGCGUCCGAAUACACCGGUUUCUACGGGAAGAGCAUGUCCCGGCGAGAGCUGAUCGACUGGCACAGACCGCGCGUCAAGGCGCUGCUGGACGCCGGUGUCGAUCUGCUGGCCUUCGAGACCAUACCCUGCGUCGAGGAAGCGGAGGCCUUUCUGGAGCUGCUGAAGGAGUACCCGCACGCCCGUGCCUGGCUCUCGUUUUCGUGCCGGGACAAUCAGUCGAUAUCGGACGGCGGCGUGUUUCAGAGCACGGCCGUGCGCUGCUACCGCGCCUUGCCGUCGCAGAUCGUCGCGGUCGGCGUGAACUGCAUCGACCCGAAGCACGUGACUCCUCUGUUGAAGGGUAUCAACGUCGAGGGCGCGUCGUCGGGGCAGGAUUUCAUUCCCCUGGUGGUGUAUCCCAACAGAGGUGGCAGCUUGUCUGCGAGCGGCGAGUGGAUCGCGGUCCAGGAUGAUCAUUCCCUGAAUCUGCCCAUAUCGGAAUGGUUGAACCUGGGGGUUCGUUAUAUCGGCGGCUGCUGCAAGAUCUUCGCGGAGGACAUUGAGCUGAUUCGAGCAGAAGUAAAUCGGCAUAUCACGCCAGAGAUUCUGGGAAAAUAAUUCUACUUACGGCGUCUAUAAAUGCCAGCGAUCUGCGAAAAUUUUACAGAUAUCAACACUUAUGCGCUGUGAUUAAAAUUAUUAAAGAUAAACUACUAAUUUUUAUUUUUUAUCUUGUCAAUUAAUUGUUCAAGAUAAAUACUUUUAUUGCUGAAGGAGUACUCGCAUGCCCGUGCCUAGCUCUCGUUUUCGUGCCAAGACGAUCAGUUUAAAUGAUUUGAACAAAAUGAUUUGAGGAGUGAUUACUGCAAUAUAUACGACCUAUAGAUAACGACACAUUUGUCAGUAAUUGUUCAUAAAAUUGCGCAAGUUAAUAUUGUUCGAGAUCAGUAUAUUAUUUUUUGAAAGAUUUAUUAAUUUUUAUAUUAGAAUUUUCACAACGUAUUUCUAUUAAAUGAUAAAAAGCAAUAAAAAAAAUAAAAUAUUUUUAUGUCGUG